AUGUCUGCACCAGACCCAAAGGAAGCCUGGGCGCGCAUCCAGAAUGAACUCACACGACGAAGCGCUCGAUUCGGAGGCGCGGGCGGCGGCGGACCACCCAAGGGUGUCUUUGGUGGAAUCGGAGGACUGAUACUCAUUGGUGGCGGAAUAUGGAUGGCCAACAACGCUCUGUUCAACGUCGAUGGUGGCCACCGAGCAAUCAAGUACACCCGAGUAGGCGGCGUGCAGAAGGAAAUCUACAGCGAAGGAACUCACUUCCGAAUUCCCUGGUUCGAGACCCCCAUUACCUACGAUGUGCGCGCCAAACCACGAAACGUCGCUUCCCUUACUGGUACCAAGGACUUGCAGAUGGUCAACAUAACCUGCCGUGUACUGUCAAGACCACGUGUAGAGUCUCUGCCCCAGAUCUACAGGACACUGGGCACCGACUACGACGAGCGCGUCUUGCCAUCCAUUGUCAACGAGGUUCUCAAGAGCGUGGUGGCGCAGUUCAAUGCUAGUCAACUCAUCACACAGCGUGAGAACGUCAGUAGGCUGGUACGAGACAACUUGGUCCGGAGAGCAGCGAGGUUCAACAUCAUGCUCGAUGAUGUCUCUCUAACACACCUCGCCUUCUCCCCCGAAUUCACCGCCGCAGUAGAAGCCAAGCAAGUCGCACAGCAAGAGGCCCAGCGUGCCGCUUUCGUCGUUGACAAAGCCCGUCAAGAGAAGCAAGCCACCGUCGUUCGCGCCCAGGGUGAGGCCCGCUCCGCCGAGUUGAUUGGUGACGCCAUCAAGAAGAGCAGGAGUUACGUCGACCUCAGGGAGUUUGAGAACGCAAGGAAUAUCGCACAGAUUCUGCAACAGAGCAGCAAUAAGGUCUACCUUGACAGCAGGGGUCUUGGUCUGGACAUCAGCCAAACCACGGCGGACAAGGAGCAGAGGGCGAACAGGAAGUAA